UCCUUUCUCUGUCUGCCCCCAGCUCUCAAAAGCAGCAGAACAAGUGGUAGGAUCCUACUAGAGUGCACACGGGAUGUGGAGGCUGGCAGAGAUGGGGAGAGAAUAAAGAACCGAGCAAGCAGCUGCACUCUAGCUCCAGCAGAGGAUGGGAGCGGAGAAUCAUUAUAAUCUUUAUAAAUCCUAAAACAGAUUGUUCGAACCAGUUCUUCCAACGAAAUAUGAGAACCAGCUGAAACCGACAAAAGAUCACUGAAAGGAAGGAAAUGCAACAUGAGAGGGGUGUUGCUCACCUGCAGCUCCAUUGAAGUCAGACCCAAAGCUUUCAUUCAGGUAAAGCUAAUGAAGGUUAAUUCAAGAACCUUGCUGGGAACAGUGACGAAUCACGAGCCCAGUGUAUUAUUUCCCUUAAACGAUAGCUACAGAUUCCUGUCAAAGGCUUCAGGGCAGACUUCAGAUAGGCACACCUUGAGUCGGUGAAUUCAGCUGUCAGGGAUGGAGGUGCUACGCCGUUCCUCAGUCUUUGCUGCGGAGGUGAUGGAGGUUUUUGAUCGGUCUCCCACUGACAAGGAGCUGGUAUCCCAGGCCAAGGUGCUCUGCAGAGACUACAUACAUUCCCGGCUGCUUCGGGCUGGCAUUGGCUGGAGCAAACCAGAGCACAGUGCACCCACACCUGGCGGCAGACUGGCUGAGGUGUCCAGCGUGCUUCUGCGACUAGGGGAUGAGCUGGAAUACAUCCGACCAAAUGUUUACCGGAAUAUUGCCCGCCAGCUGAACAUCUCACUGCACUCCGAGACCGUGGUGACUGAUGCCUUCUUGGCAGUAGCUGCCCAGAUCUUCACGGCAGGUGUAACAUGGGGCAAGGUCGUGUCUCUCUAUGCUGUGGCUGCUGGGCUGGCUGUGGACUGUGUCAGACAGGCCCAGCCAGCAAUGGUGCAUGCCAUUGUGGACUGCCUGGGAGAGUUUGUCCGCAAGACCUUGGUGACGUGGCUGAAGAGGAGAGGAGGCUGGGCAGACAUCACAAAAUGUGUGGUGAAUACUGAUCCCAGCCUUCGCUCCCAUUGGCUUGUGGCUGCCAUUUGUAGCUUUGGUCACUUCCUGAAGGCCAUCUUCUUUGUGCUGUUACCAGAGAGAUGAUUCCAGUCACCAAAUGUGGCCCCAAGUCCCAGCUCCUCCCACACCCAGAAGCAACAAUAACCAUAGACCCGUCUGAUGCUGAAGAAGAGGAAGAGAAGAGAGGCUGGGACCAACAGAAACAUUUCUCUCCUCUCCCUUCAGCAGGGAGCAGCUAUCCAACUGUAAACAUCCUUUCCUCUGUGACAGGAGGAUUCAGAGUAAUCCUUUGAAGCCCUUGUUUUUCUUGGUGACUUCUACAUGGCCAGGUCAAAGCCCAUCCCAGGGCAGACUGAUGGGCUAAUCUCUUACUAGUGUGUGAUAUGGAUAUUCAUACGUGUAUUUAUUUUCUGGUCAUGUCACACAGUUGCACUUCUGUACCAGGGGGACAUGGAGAUGGUUGGUAUCAGAGGGAAAAAUGUGUCCCUCACUUGAAAAAUGGAUUGUCCCUUUAAGUCCCCUUUGUUAGGCUCUUCUCAGUAUACCAGUGGCUAAUGCAGUCUUCACCUUUGUACCCAAGCCUGACCAUUGUGCCCUUGUGCAUGGUACAUUGUGGUUGAGGGGAUACCUUUGUAGGCUGUGAAGUGGUGGAUUAUUGAGGGAGCUGCCCUCUUCAGCUGAUGCCCCUGCUAAAGUAAUUUACAAACCAGUUGUGACUUUGGGAGUGUAAGGACUACCAGAACAACUCAAUCUGGGGGAUACGGCAUGCUUUAACUGACCAACUUACUGUAUUGUAACAAGUAAUUGUAAAGGGGACAGCAGGGGCAGAGACUGUUUAGAAAUCAAUCAGUGUGAUUUACACAGGUGAACAAAAUGAUGGGAGCAAAGCAUCACUUCUCACAUGACAGCUUUGUUUGAGCAUUAUAAUGAGGAUGAAUUUUUUUCUCUAGAAGGAGAUUCAGAUGGAGCCAAAGAACAAGAGCAUGUAAGUACAAUGUGGGGUGGGGGGAAUGUGGAGAAAAGUCACAAGUGAGCAGCAUGCUGUGAGUGGGAAAAACUGUAUCGAGUGUGACAAAUGUUUCUCCUUUAGCAAAUUAUAAAUUCUGACUUGCAAUUUUCUCUUGUGGUAGAUAAUAAAAAUAGAUGGAGUUUGGCUUCUGUGAA